AGCAGGGAGGAAAAGAUGUUUGGCUUCCACAAGCCCAAGAUGUACCGGAGUAUAGAGGGCUGCUGUAUUUGCAGAGCAAAGUCUUCCAGUUCCCGCUUCACCGACAGCAAGCGCUACGAGAAGGAUUUCCAGAAUUGUUUUGGGCUCCAUGAGGCCCGCUCAGGAGAUAUUUGCAAUGCGUGUGUCCUUUUGGUGAAAAGAUGGAAAAAACUGCCAGCAGGAUCCAAAAAGAACUGGAAUCAUGUGGUAGAUGCCAGAGCUGGACCCAGCCUGAAAACAACGCUGAAACCAAAGAAAAUGAAAACUCUCUCUGGAAGUAGAAUAAAGAGCAAUCAAAUCAGCAAACUGCAAAAGGAAUUCAAGCGGCACAAUUCUGAUGCCCACAGUACCACCUCAAGUGCCUCCCCAGCUCAGUCUCCCUGCUACAGCAACCAGUCUGAUGAUGGCUCUGACACAGAGAUGAGUGCUGGCUCCAGCAGAACACCAGUCUUCUCCUUUUUAGAUCUCACAUAUUGGAAAAGGCAAAAGGUUUGCUGUGGGAUUAUUUACAAAGGCCGUUUUGGGGAAGUCCUCAUAGACACUCAUCUCUUCAAACCGUGCUGUAGCAAUAAAAAGUCCGCCGCCGAGAAGCCAGAACAAGAGGGAUCACAAUCUCCAUCAAUCUCUGCCCRGGAGGAGUGGUGACUUCCUUGGAGAGCUGCAGAAGGUUAUGCAGAUCUUUUUCUUUUUUUUUUUUUUUUCCCCCCUCUGGAAAAAUACUAGAAAGUGACUGUUCACUUUGGACACCUGCUAUGCUGCCAAAAGACUUUUCCUUAGAACUGUUUUGGGUUUUUACUACUACAAUUCCACAAACUCUGGAGCCAGUUUGUAUCCUUUCUGAAAGACUGUACAUAAUAUUUAAGAUGCUAUGGAACACUUAGCAAAGCUGAAUGCUGCUGCAAGGUUGUCCCUCUAAUAUUUUUCYCCCUUCCACUGUCUUCACAAAUGAACUUAAGGAUGGGGUUUUGUAUAUUAAAGUUUAUGUAGUUUAUGUUUUUGUAUUGAGAGAAGCAGUGGUUGUAAGGCAUUUUUUUUAUUAUUUUUUAAAGUUGCUUGGUAACUUUCCUUAAAUUCCCAAGAAAAAUAUUUCAUUUAGACAUAUAUGAGUCAAUAAGAUGAAUUAAUACAUAGAAAGGUUGUAAGUCACCUCUCUAGUUAAAUAAAUCUUUAUUUUUUUAAAGGUGUGGAGAUCUCACCCUGUACUACUGACACUGUAAGAAAGGCAAAUAUUGCAUCCCUCCUGCAUGACACUGACUGGUAACUGCAGACAUCCCUAGUGUAAGGAGAGUUGUCUCAGAAGGCUGCCAAUGUAAAACCCUCAAGAAAGGGGCAGGAGAGCCUUAGCUAAGGAGGAGAGGAGCUGAGGAACUGAGCAUAGUGAAAUGGGAGGCUUUUCCUUUUAGGCAGCAGCAGGUGCCCUAGACCUCCUGUAGUAACUGACUGGUGAUUAGAGGUGGACCAAGACAACAACCAGGCUAGGCCAAGUUAGGUGUUAGCCUAAGUUAGAGGGCCAAAAUGAGUAACUGGUAUUUGUUGGCCCGACACAGCUGAAAUGUGACUGCAAAAAAGACUUCUUGCUGGUGUUGAGCCUGACAGGUUCUGUUCUAGGGAUGUAACUUGGUCCUAGCUUGGGGUCUGGAUUCAAAAUUUCUAUUUUGCAGCCUUUUCCCCCUUGCAGUGCUUCUGUGCUUACUGGAUCAAUAAUUUUGUGAAUACUGGACUUGCUGCAAAUUAUGAAGAAUUCUGUCAAGAAUGGUGCUGUACUGAAUAGAGGCAGCUUUGCUUGCAAGAGAUGGCAUUUCCUACACACAUUCCCCAUCAAACUGGUGUGCAAACCGUUGUGACACUUCUUCAUAGUCAACUUUGCCCUUAGGCCAAGAGCAGCUUUCCUGGAGAGUGGGCUGCAGUUCUAGUUCCCAAGUGCUUCAUGUUCCUUUUAUGAAAGUUUGUGUAUCCUGGAAAUUCUGCUUUUUUUGUUUGUGUCUGGUUUGGSUUUUUUUUCUUUACUACUCUUUGGGAUACUCUGCAAUGGACUGCUACAAUCU